GCGAGCGAAACAAUGGCGGGUGUUUUAAGUAGGUUUUCUUCCGCUACCACAACAAUAAUACAGCAGCUGAAAAACAGCUCUAAUAACGAAAACACGGUAAAAAGCACUGCUUUUUAGUUGCCAGUUUGGAAGAAGUGGUGUUUGGAGAAGGAAAUUGCCGCGUAAAUCGAAAACUACGAGCCGACCCAGCUUAACAGUUUGCUCGAGCGAUUCUACGCCGAAUCAAAAACAAACAUGGGGAAGAUUAUAAACCGGAAAGUCUGAAAGUAAUGAUUACAUCGCUUGAUAGACACUUGAAGAACAAAGGCUAUAAACUGUCCAUUAUUCGCGACAGAGAAUUCAGUUCCUCCAAACAAGUACUGGACGGGAAAGCGAAACAGCUUCGCUUAGCUGGCCGCGGGAAGCGCCCAAACAAAGCGCUACAACUAUCCGAAGAGGAAGCAGAAAUUCUCUGAAAGAGCGAGAAACUCGGUGGUUAAACCCCAGAGUCCUUAAUUCAUACAAUGUGGUGGCUACUUACUCAACAAUUUGGUCUCCGUGGAAGGCAGGACCGUAGGUCUCGCAAUCUCAGGGCGAGUGGUCCAUUUUAUCUCUCGAUAAAACACAACAGCGGACCUGGCGAUGAAACUUGGUACAAAGUCCAGCCCAUGGGAGAAAAUAAAAUCAACUCCAUGAUGAAAAAUAUCAUCUCCCAAACCACCCUUCAGUCAUCCGAGAAGCGGUUUACCAAUCACAGUGCCCUCAAAACGCUUGUUAGCAAGAUGAAGAAAGCAAAUCUCGAGAGGUCAUCCAUUGCAAAAGUCACCGGUCACAGAAAUAUUCAGUCUUUAGAUGACUACGAUGAAGCCGACGAAGACGAACAGCGACAGCUUUCGUGGGCCAUCUCAAAGGGAAAUAGUACACCAAAACCCGUGCUGGUGGCGGGUAGUUCAUCUGGUCCUUGUGCUUCAAAUGCAGUAAUUCCACACAUGAUGAACUCUCAAGCGCAGAAUCUGAUGAAUGCCUUCACUAACUGCACUGUCACAUUCAACCUCAACAACAAGGCCUCGCCUAAUAAACCUCGCAAACGACGAUUUCAUUUCAUCGAAAGUGAUUCGGACACAGACUGAACAAUUCCUUAAACUGUUUGGUCGGACUUUGAACUUUUUUGCGCCUUAAAGAUGUGAAAAUUUCAUUUUAUCUUAUUAUUUUGAUCGUACGCGGUUGUUUUCACCGAACGCACAAUG